UGUGAAUUCCCCGUUCAAGUGAAAGAAAAUGUAAAACAAACCCCUUAAAUAAUUUGCAAAACACCCACAAAACGCAAUGCCGCAACAAUAAUAGAAGGUAUUUGAUUGUAGCAGAUACUUUGACUCUAAUCCCGAUGCCUGACAGCUACGGCCAAUUCGAUGCGGAGCGCGUCUGCCGUGUUUGCCUGCGCGAGGUGGGCGAUUUCUACUUCAUCUACGAUGAGGCGCCCGUGGAGCAAGGCGCGAACAUCGCACAAAUACUCAACGAGUGCACGCGGUACACCUGCGAGCGCUAUGAUAAGAUGCCCCAUCACAUGUGCGACACAUGCAUCAAGGCCGCCUGCCAAGCGUAUCGCUUCAAGCUGGACGCCGAGAAGGCUUACCGUUCGCUCGUGGCGAUGCUGGGACGCACACCUGUGACUAAGCCCAACAGCAGCGAUGUCUGCACCCAGACUGACCAAUUACCAAUGCUGCCAUGCGGGAUUUGUAAUGAAAAAUUUCUCAACAUUCUGGAAUUACGCCUGCAUCGCAGUCGCCAGCACAUGAAGACGGAUGAGCUGAAGUGCAGGCUCUGCGGUGAGCAGUUUCAAAAGCUUCGUCAACUGCGUAACCAUCUCACCGAGCAGCACGAUCAAAAGUCACCAGAUUCGCCGUUGCUCCGUCGGCGUCUGAAAUGUCGGGUUUGUCAACACGAGUUCUCGCGACGCGAUCAUCUUAUACGCCAUAUGCGAAAAGUCCACGAUGUGCCGCGGCAGCAGGAGCUGGAGCCUGCUGUGCCGUGGACGCCUAACGACGAGGCAACUAUGCAAAGCGGCGAUGAGCUGGAAUCGGCUGCCGUAUUAUUCAAUGAUCCAGCUGCCUAUUCGGACAACGAAAAUAACGAGAGUGGCUAUCAACAUACUACGAAUCCUAUAUCAAGCAAUGAGGAUUCUGGCGAUGAUGAGGUGCAUGCCGAAGCUAAAGAAUCGCUUUGGCUGCACAUCAAGCCAGAGCCAGAGCCAGAAGCAGAACUGGAGCGUGAGAUCCAGGCAGAUGCAGAGGCGGAAGAUGAGCAAGUGAAAGGCGAUAGGCGCAAAAAGAAAUCAAAUUCAAAGAUCGCUAUUCACACAGAUACGGAGGAGGAGCCCGAAGACGUCAGUAAGCAGAAGCCAGCCUCGAGCUCAUUUUCAACAGAGGUAAAAGAGGAGCCACUUACCGCCGGCGGUGAGCAGCAGUUAUCCAUUAAGCAAGAGCGACAGCGCGCUGACAGCAUCAAGGUGGAUGAGGACUAUGAGGUGGAGGCCGCAAGAGCGGAUCUAUUUCACAGUGCCGACGAGGAAGAAGAUGCUGACGAGGAGAGCGAGCUUGAUGAAGAGGAUGAUGAAGCUGAGGAUGAGGAUGAGGAGGAAGCGAAUGCUGAGCUCGAUGAGGACAAACCGAAGCCGGAAAUCGUGAGGGAGUAUUUGCAAAAGGCGACCAAGGACAAGCAGCGCCGUCGACGACGUAAACAGACGCAAAGCGAAACGGAAGCAAAUCCAGAAAAUCGUUGCGAUGUCUGCCUGCGCACCUUCUCCCGCCAUUGCCAUUUGCUGCGCCACAAGUUGUCCCACCUGGAGAAAAAGCCGCACAGCUGUCCGCAUUGCCCCAAGGCUUUCGCGCGCAGCGAUCAUUUGAAGGCGCACGUCCAGAGCUUACACGGCAAUAAGGAACACAAGUGCGUGCUCUGCGAUGCGGCCUUCACCCGUGCCGAUGCCCUCGAUCGGCACAAGAUGAGCAAGCACAAUGGCGAGGGUCUCGACGCCAGCAAUGAGCUGAAGCUUCAAAUGAGCGAGCACACUUGCGAGUACUGCUCAAAGCGUUUCUCCAGCAAGACCUACCUGCGCAAGCAUACGCUGCUCCACACGGAGUUCCUAUACGCGUGCAAGAGCUGCGACGAGACGUUCAAGGAGCGGCAACAGUUGCGCAGCCACGAGAAGACCCACACCGGUCAGCGGAACUUCCUCUGCUGCAUUUGCGGCGACAGUUUCGCACGCAACGACUAUUUGCGCGUCCAUAUGCGACGGCACAAUGGCGAGAAGCCAUACAAGUGCCGUUACUGCAUCAAAGCAUUUCCCCGCGCCACAGACCUUAAGGUGCACGAGCGAUACCACACGGGCACCAAGCCCAAUCUGUGUAACACCUGCGGUAAGAGUUUCCAUCGUGCCUACAAUCUGACCAUACAUAUGCGCACCCAUACGGGCGAACGUCCGUACAAGUGCGAUCAGUGCCCCAAGAGCUUCAGCCAGAGCAACGAUCUGAAGGCCCACAUACGACGGCAUACGGGCGAGCGGUACAAGUGCCCCCACUGCGAUGCCUACUUCCUGCAGCUCUAUCACAUGCGCAACCAUUGUCUGAGUGCCCACAAUAAGCACAUUGAGACGAAGACGGGUCGGCUGCAGCGCACCGGCCUGCUGGACGAGCCCAAUAACUCGCAUUUGACCACGGUCGUUAUGCCGCCUGCACGCUACCAGCAAUCGACGCCCGAUCCGCAGCCAAUGGCCACGGUUACGACUCAGCUGCCAGCGACGAUUGCCACGCCCAUGAUGCAUUCGCCGGUGGCCUAUAGUACAACGUCGCCAGUGCCAGUGCCAGUGCAGGUGCCCGUGCCGGUGCCGGUGCCCGUAUCCGUAUCUGUGCCACUGUCCGAUGCAAGCGGAUUCGUUGGUGCAACGACAAAUGCAACGAGCACAACUGCGACGGCACCAUUUGGCACUUUCAGCAUAGCGCCUGUCGUGAUGGCGCAUCUGAUGUACAAUCAUGGCGGGAACAGUCAACAGAGCAAUGCAAGCAAAUAACCGGCGUUGCCCUAUAAAUUAACUAAGCAAUUCCAAUCUCAACAAAAAUAUGACCUUGUAUAUAUGU